UUCUUGAUGUAUUCAUCCGCGCUUAGAUUCCGAUAAAUUUUAUGAAUUUCCUUCGCGAAAUUAUGUGUAUCUGCCUUAGUAGCUUAGCAGCACAUCGGAUGUUUUUACGUUAAUUAAAACCAAACUCAUUAUUCUUCGUUAAUAUUUUCACAGCGGAGAAACGUCGACUGCACUACUUUUCGGAGGAGCACUGCGUCACUCUCUUUUCGGCUUCACUGCUCGUCGAACAUGACGUCCAAGAGGCGCAACAACGGUCGCUCCAAGCACGGUCGCGGGCACGUGAAGCCCGUGAGGUGCACCAACUGCGCGCGCUGCGUGCCGAAGGACAAGGCGAUCAAGAAGUUCGUGAUCCGCAACAUCGUGGAGGCGGCCGCCGUGCGGGACAUAACGGUGGCCAGCGUGUACGAGUCGUACCCGCUGCCCAAGCUGUACGCCAAGCUGCACUACUGCGUCUCCUGCGCCAUCCACUCCAAGAUCGUGCGCAACAGGUCCAAGGAGGCACGCAAGGACCGCGCACCGCCCCCGAGGUUCCCCAGGGCCACGGCGGACCUGGCACGCGGACCCAACGCACCACGUGUGGCUGUCAAAUAGAAUGUGAAUAAAAAAAAGUCGUGUUCACUUGCAAACUA